AUGGGCGACCAGAUCGAAUUGGUGCGGAACGGCGGAAAUCACGGCGAGGACGGCGCCCGACCGCCUCUGAAAGCACAGCUCAGCCGGCAGACCACUAUGGGAACCGGACACGGUAAGGGACUAGACUGUCAACAGGACCGUUGAACCACUGGGAACAAGCGCUCACGCCGAAUCCGGCAGCCGUAGGAGCGUACGAAUCUGCCUGAAAACGGCCGUCUCCUGUACGGCCUCGGGCUCUCGGGCCGCCGCGUGCAGUCAUGUCCGAGUGGUUAAGGAGAUUGACUAGAAAUCAAUUGGGCUCUGCCCGCGUAGGUUCGAAUCCUGCUGACUGCGGAUCUCUUUUGUGUUUAUGCAAAGUCAGUUGAUUUUUCUCUUGACCAGGCCGCCCGGGGGUUUACAUAAUCUUUCUUCGCUUAAUAGCGGAUGAUGAGUGCGUUUGAAUGAAUGACAAUGCAAAUAUUUGCUUCAUUUCUCUUCUUUAUCUGCCUUUUGCAAGCACAAGCCCGAAGAUUCCUAAUUCCCAACUGAUAUUGUGAAUCUCGAAGAUUUCUGCGCAAAAAUGACCCAGGACAAGUUGGAAUUGAUGAAAAACAAGAGUAGGUUUAAUUUUUUGCAAUUUUUCUUGUUUUUCGGCUCUCGGGGGCCCAUAAAAAUGUGGUUGUCAAGCGGGCGAAGAUGCCGUUUUCCCCCUUUCAAACACACAUUUCAUUUCCUCGUUUUCUACUCAAUUUCCGCUCGGCGCACGCGUUUUUUGGCCGAAAAUAGUUGGAAAUAGUGUAGAAUGGACGUUUUGCAACCAAUGAAACUAAUUGCGGUUUCAAAAAGUCCAUGAAAACAUUUUUGUUUAUGUUUUACAAUUCCGAAAAUGAGUUGGCAGUCAUGGUGCAUCGAAAUUGGUCGCUAGAACGUUGUUAGCCACUAGACCAUCCGGAUACCUUUCAGUUUUUAGCUCAUAACUCCGCGAGCGUUGGAGAUACGGCAAAACUUUCAACUAACAAAAUGUAGAGCUUGAAAUUCUCUAUCGAAACUUGUAAUCGGUACACAUGUGGCCCCGGCUCCAGACCUCCACGGCCCCCCGCGGCUCUAAAGACCCCCCCCCCCCUCACAUUUUCCUGCAGCUGGAGCCGAGCGCUUUACAUGUUUUUCGUGUAAGACACGGACGGCACAAAAAAGUUGGCUUUUCCUGAGUCUCAGACACGGGUAAACGAGCUAUUUACCCCCACCUCUCCCCAUUUUUCCCAUUUUUCCCCAUUUUUUUUUUCGUACCUUGGAAGAAGACAAAGUAUUUUUCGCUGUUUCUUGAGUUCCAGAAUUCAAAAAAAUUAUAGAGCUUUUUAAUUGAACUUUCACCCAAAAUGGCUCAUCGAAACAAGGGGGACUAGAAAAAUCGGGUUGGAAAGUUAGGCCAUCACAAUUUGGGCCCGGAAACCCGGUAAAUUCAUCAAAAAUUUAUUCCUGCACUUGAGACUUGAGAUCACGCAAACUUUUUCGUGAAUAAAAACACGUUUCUGGAACCUAUACUUCCACCUCCAAAAUUUAGUCUUUUUUUGCUGUUUCCAGUAGAGCACUUGAGUUCUAAAGUUAAUAUUCGUUGUUCAAGGACUAGUAUGCAGAUAUUUAUAUUUAUUUAUUUAUUUAUUUGCUAUAUAUAUAUUUCCACUAUCAGUUUUCCGCUUUUUUUGGGAUUUAGAUGAUCUAGAAAGGUUCGGACGUGAAAAACCACUAAACUUUAUGAAAUUCUGUCUUAUUGUGCGAAAAGUCAUGAAAUUUUGGGUCUUUCUGUGAAAAACUGCCAGAAAAGGGUCCUAGGCAGUCAGCAGGAUCGUUGAACCACUGGCACCAGGCCCUUAGGCCGGAUACGGCAGCCGAAAGUGUGUGCAAAUCUGCCUGAAAACGGCGGUCUCCUGUACGGCCUCGGGCUCCCGGGCCGCCGUGUGCAGUCAUGUCCGAGUGGUUAAGGAGAUUGACUAGAAAUCAAUUGGGCUCUGCCCGCGUAGGUUCGAAUCCUGCUGACUGCGGAUCGGUUUUGCCUCAUCCUCAUCCGUUUUAAACUCCUCAAACCGCCCGUUUUUCGCGUUUCAGAGCAUUGGAAUGAGCAUCAGCGGUGGCGAAAAGACUCGAAGUACGUGUUUUUAUCCGAAAACCAAUACAUUUCCACCCGCAGAUAAGCCGUGAUAAUCUCCAUUGGCGGAAAGAGAAAAAGAGGGGAAAAAAGAUGAGAAAUGUCUUCUUCUUCUUCUUCUUCUUCUUCCUCUCGACGCCGUCACAUGAUUACUUCUGACAGCUCACACAACACACUCACUCACUCACACUUUUCAUUUUAUAUCCAUGUAAAUAUCUGCGGCGCCCCUUUUUCCCCCCUUUUUUUUAUUGGUCCCACUUGGAUAUAUUGACUUGAAAAAACCGAAAAUGAUGCAAAAUUAUACCACAGCCGCUCGUAGAUCCACUCGUGAGUUAAUUUUAAUUAAAACAAUGUUGAUGAGGUUUGAGAGGUAGUUGAAGUUAAAAAGUUGGCAGUUUUAGGCUACUGAAUUUGCUAAAAAAAAAGAUAAGUUUCCAGAAUUCACCCUCGGCACCGAUCAAGAUCCCUACAAUAAGGAGGAGCUGGUGAACACUUUGAAAGUUGGUUUAUCAGUUCGAUUUAUUCAUUUUGUUAAUAUUUACUAACGGGUGUAGCAGUAAAUAUUUUCACUCUUUGAUCGGAUAUUGUAGAGUUCUGAGACAUUCCAUGGUUCUAGAAAAUGUUGUGUCGAAUCUUGACAUCUAGUAGAACAUUUUUGUAGUUGACAACAUUUUUGUACCAACACUCCCUGGAGUACUGUAGUUCUUGGAAGCAGGCGUACACGUUUAGCAGUCAAAAGUUCCAAGCGCUACAGUAACCUUGGGAGUGAAGGUACCAAAAAAUGGUCAAUUACAAAAACAAAGUACUCAUUGACUGCUUCAUUUUUGUAGUUGACAACUUUGCUCUAUGCCUUGUCCCCGGGCUACUGUAGCUGUUUGAAGUUUUUCGAGGUGUUCUAACUUUGUGGACCUACAGUACUCCAGCAAUUGGUCGUACGAAAACGUUGUCAACUACAAAAGUGCUCUACUAGACGUCAAGAAUUCACAUAUGACGUCUUCGAACUCUACAAUAUCCGUUCAAACCGAAAACCGAUAUUAUAGGGUCGCGAGCUGGGCUUCUUCGUUCUCUUCUACAUCUUCGCCGUCAUGUGCAUCGUGAUGGCGUUCGAAUUUUUCAAACCCAUCAUUUUCACCGACAAUUAUCCCAAUUAA